GCACCAGCUGACGUUUUUAUAUUGUAAUUUGAUAAUUAUUGGUAGAAAAUAAAUAAUUAAACUGGUAGAAAUAUAAUCCAAAAGUUUGAUUUACUGCAUAAGUUUCACUUCAUUAACUCGGAACCAGGGUUUGCCACUCCAGUACAACUUUAUCUGUGCAUUAUAUUAACUGGCUAUUUCUGUUUGUCUGCAGGUGUUUAUUUUUUCUGAGUUCAUAUCAGGUAUGAAACUUAGCUAUGUUAGAUGUCUAACGCAGGACGGGACUUCUUCGACCUUACGAUUCCCAGUGUAAAACGUACUUCGCCGAGGCUCGGUUUGUUUACGUGCGGAGCAAGCUACACUUCUAGCUCAACUAGAAUAUACCCUUCGAAUGGUCUAAUUCAGAUAAACAUAUUCGUCAGCCAUGGGGAAGUCAUUUGCAAAUUUUAUGUGCAAGAAGGAUUUUCAUCCUGCGUCGAAGUCGAAUAUUAAAAAGGUAUGGAUAGCAGAACAAAAAUUAACUUUCGAAAAGAAGAAACAAGAAGAACUUAUGCAGGCGUAUGUGAAAGAGCAGGACACGUACAACAACAGGUUACUGAUGGGGGAUGAUCGUGUUAAAAAUGGCCUCAAUUUUAUGUACGAGGCUCCACCUGGAGCAUCCAAAGAGGAAAAGAAAGAGGAGGGUGAAGAAGAGUAUAAGUUUGAGUGGCAGAAAGUGGCUCCUCGAGAGAAGUAUGCAAAGGAUGAUAUGAAUAUUAGAGACCAGCCAUUUGGAAUCCAGGUGCGCAAUGUGAGAUGCAUCAAAUGUCACAAAUGGGGUCAUGUGAACACAGACAGAGAGUGUCCUCUCUACGGGCUGUCGGGUAUCAAUGCCAGCUCUGUGGCUUCAGAGGAAGCAGCAGGUCCGUCAAUGCACCCCUCGGAGUUAAUGGCGGAGAUGCGAAACAGUGGGUUUGCCCUGAAAAAAUGUGUCCUUGGUAGAAACGCUACUGUUUGUGAUCCAGUGCAGGAAUAUGUGGCCAGUGAGGAAGAGGAAGACCCAGAGGUGGAAUUUCUGAAAUCCUUAACAACGAAGCAAAAACAGAAGCUCCUCAGAAAACUCGAUCGCCUUGAAAAGAAGAAGGCCAAGAAAAAGAAGAGUAAGAAAGAGAAGAAGAAGAGCAAGAAAAAACACAAGAAAAAGCAUGACAGUGACAGUUCGAGUGACUCCUCUGAGAGCAGUAGUAGUGAUAGUGAGUCAGAUUCAAGCAGUCAUGAGAAGUUAAAGAGCCAAAAGAGGAGGAAGAGCAAGAAAAAAGAAUCCCGUCGGGAUAACAGCUCCGAGAGUGAAAGACGAGCCAAGAGUCAGAAAAAGGCCUCUUCUCACAGGAGCAGGUCACCGAGCCCACACUCCGGACGCCGGCGGUCUGAAGAGGAGUCAGGAGAUUACAGGCAAACAAGGGCCGAGAGAGGCAGGAGCAGGAGUAGGAGUAGAAAGCGCAGCCCGGAGAGCAAGAUCAAGCUGGAGGGAGGUCAGGAGAGGAAGAGAAACAACAGCAGGGACAGACAGAGACCUGGCAGCUCCAAGUCCAAUGUGGACAGAGGCAGGGAGGACAGAGGUAAACACAGGCAUCACAGCGGAGACAGGGAGAGGAACAGAAGUAGCACAGAUGGAAGGACAGGCAGAACAGCGGAGGGGAGGAGUAGAAGCAGGGAAAGACGCAAAGAAAGGGAGGGCAGAGGUAGAAGUAGGAGUAGAGACAGACGAGAGGGCAGCCGAGACAGAGGGAGGAGAAAAGACUGACACUUUCUUUAACUGUUUGAACAUGAAAAUACUUUAACACGUCCUGCAUAGACCCCACUGUGUCCCCUGUACAUAAAACUGAAGUAAAGCUCCUUCUGUCGCUCUUCUUUUCCUCCAGUAGAGGGAAGCAGUCGACAGAAAAUGUGCAGCUGCCGUUCCACUCUGGUUUUCUUGUACUGUGUGAACGGGUGUAAAUUAAUUGAUUACCAUUGGAGGCAAUUUGCGGCUAUGAUCCGUUGAUGGGAAAAUGUUGGACUCAUUUUCAUGGUCAGUUGGUCAUUAGAUUUUAUCUGUUGCUGCAGAAUUUUCUCCCACUCCUGUCAUGAUUGCGUCUUUGUCUUUUUGCAAAUAUGACACUGUAAACUGUAACAGGACGGAUGUUGAUUUUUUUUGUUUGUUUUUGAUUAUUAAAACUUUUAUUCCUUUCAA